ACGGGCCAAUUACUAAGGACGUGUGCUAAAAGCAGCACUAGUAGAGUGUGUUUUGAAGUUGGGGUUAGGGAAUUUACACGAGUGCGUCGUUAUAUCUAAAUUCGUAAGAACUAUUAGAAAAGUGCUUAUUUCUUUUGGUUUGGAGAAAGAGGAAUUUAGCCAGAAGAAGCAUGCCCGAAGAUAAAGUCCACAAAAUUACAUUGGUGACAUGCACUGCGCCUGUGAACAUCGCUGUCAUUAAAUACUGGGGGAAGAGGGAUGAAGAUUUGAUUCUGCCAAUCAAUUCGUCUCUUAGUGUCACGCUGCAUCAAGACCAGCUGAAAACAACCACAACAGUUGCGUGCAGCAGCAGUUUUAAGGAGGAUCGAAUAUGGCUCAAUGGGAAGGAAGACGAUAUCAACCAGCCCAGAUUACAGUCCUGUCUCAGAGAACUCCGACGGCUUGCCCGGAAGAGACGCUGUGAUGGGGACGCCGGCGCAGAUGCGCUCGCCUGCUCCCACAGGGUCCACAUCUGCUCAGUCAACAACUUCCCCACUGCAGCGGGACUGGCGUCCUCGGCUGCCGGGUACGCCUGCCUGGUGUACACGCUGUCGCGACUGCUGGGCGUGGAGGGCGAGCUGUCGGAGGUGGCGCGGCAGGGGUCGGGCAGCGCCUGCCGCAGCAUGUACGGGGGCUUCGUGCAGUGGCGCAUGGGGGAGCAGGAGGACGGGAAGGACAGCGUGGCAGAGCAGGUGGAGCCGGAGUCGCACUGGCCAGAGCUCCGGGUACUCAUCCUGGUGGUGAGUGCAGAGCGUAAGCCUGUGGGAAGCACCGCAGGUAUGCAGACCAGCGUGGAGACCAGUCCUCUGCUGAAGCACCGAGCGGACUCCCUGGUCCCGGGGAGGAUGGAGGAGAUGGUCGGUGCUGUCCGGCGGCGGGACUUCGCGGCGUUCGGGGAGCUGACCAUGAAGGACAGCAACCAGUUCCACGCCACCUGCAUGGACACCUACCCGCCCAUCUUCUACCUCAGUGACGUGUCGCGGAGCGUCAUCAACCUUGUUCACCGCUACAAUCAGCAUUACGGGGAGACGCGGGUGGCAUAUACCUUCGACGCAGGUCCCAACGCGGUCAUUUACACUCUGGAGCAGCACGUGGCCGAGUUUGUGCAGGCGGUCAAGCACUUCUUUCCUCCAGAAACCAACGGCGGACAGUUCUUAAGAGGUCUGUCUGUGAGCCCAGUGUCCUUGUCUGAGGAACUGAAAAGUUCAAUUGGGAUGAAUCCCCUUUCCAAGGGAAUCAGCUACAUCAUCAGCACCAAGGCUGGCCCAGGCCCUCAGAUGGUGGAAGACCCCAGCCUUCACCUGCUCGGUUCUGAUGGGCUGCCCAAGAAGAGUGCCUGAGCAAAAAUUGUCUCUGUGAAAUAAUACAUUUUUUGGAAUAUGGCCCCUUCUGAACGGGAAAAACACACUUCUAAGUGAAGGGUAAAAGCAUACAAAUGAAAAGCAUUUUUUAUGAUUCCAACAACUGAGCAAAAAAAAGACCUUUUGUCUAUAUUCAUUUAUUGCAGGUGCUGCUGUAAUUCAUUAUUGCUGUUUGUAUUCCUUCUAGAGCAUAUAAAGAAUGACUGUAGAAAUCUUGUAAUAAAAUUAUUUUGGAAUUA